CAAUGGAAAACUUAAUAAUAUCUGAAUUGCAAAAUGGCAAAACUUACAGUAAUAACAAUCAUAUUUUCAACAAACAUGUAAAUAAUCAUUGCAUCAAAAGUAUUGCUAAUAAUUACGUUGUUGAAGUAAUUGAAAACGAGGAUAUUCUCAAAGAAUUGACUGAAUAUUCUAUUAAUUAUGCCCAAUCUAUAGGCUUCGUUGGACUGUGGUCCGAGCAAAAAAAGUUUAUAGACAUUUCUGUUGUACCGCCAAUGACCUUGCUUCCAUCGCCAUUUCCCAUGGAACUCUUUCAAAAGGCCACAUCUGUUCAGUCCACUCUAAACGAGCUUUAUUAUCGUAUAUCAUUGGAUUAUGACUUCUUAAUUGAAGCAUAUCGUGAAGUUGUUAAAGCCGACAAAUGGGUUGGGCGACAGGUAGAGAUGAUGAAGCUGGUUCAUGCUGAAGGUAUACGACAGAAAUUUGUGCUUCAAGUUCAGCGAGCUGACUAUAUGACGCAUUGUGAGGAUGGUCAAAAGAUAGAGUUAAAGCAGAUCGAAGUAAACUUUGGACCCGGUGGAGUAGGAUUUGCUCCCAAAGUGGCAAAAUUACAUAAGAAAAUGAUCGAGAAGGUUGAGAACUUACAUGGUUGUACACCAAACUCAAUGAGCGAAGCGGCACUCCCAAAAGCGAAAAAAAUCGCUGAGGCUCUUUUCCAAGCAUGGAAAGUAUUUGGUGAUGCUAAAGCAAUUGUUGUACUGGUGUUUGAUUCGAAUUUAUACCCGAUCCAGCAUCAUGAACAGUUGCAAUUCGUACAAUUCGAAUUAGAAAAAAUAGCAAGAAAUGCCGGAUCUAUUUUAAAUAUAUCGAAAAUGACACUUGAAGAAUGUGCCGAAAGAAUGCAUCUUAAUGAGUCUGAUUACUCUUUAAUGGUCGGAGAGAAUAAACGAGUUGCAGUGGUCUACAUGGUAUACGGCUACUUACCUGAGCAUUAUACUAGUGAGAAAGAAUGGAAUUGUCAAUUGAACAUGGAACGCUCAACUGCCAUAAUUUCCCCGAACAUUAGAAGCCAGCUGAGCGGAACAAAAAAAGUUCAGCAGUUACUUGCAAAGCCAGGCAUGCUUGAACGGUUCUUGGCAGAUAGGCCUAAAAAGAUUGCUGAACUUAGAAGUACAUUCACCGGAAUAUGGAGCCUUGAAGAAAAUGAUUCGUUUACUCAAGCACUUGUCACUGAUGCAAUUAACAGUCCUCAAAACUACGUACUUAAAGCACUACGUGACGACGGCGUGGGAAAUUUUUUCGAUGAGAAACUUGCUGAAAUGCUACAAACUAUGUCAGUGCAAGACAGGAGUGCGUUCAUUUUGCAGCAGAAAAUUCGCCCAAUUGCUAACUACUUGAAGAGGCCAUUUCAUCCUGCUAAAUUGGAAGUUGUCACAAAUGAGCUAGGCGUCUUUGGAACAUUCCUGGGCACAUAUGAUGGAAAAGUUCUCUUUAACCAUGUAGAUGGGCAUUUUAUUAAAACAAAAUCACAUAAUUCAAACCAAGGAGGUAUAUGCGAAGGAAGUGGUGUAAUUGACUCGGCAUUACUCUUUCCUGAAGCGCAGUUUCAAAAAGGCAUAGCCAAAUAA